GUAAAUAUAUGAUGAUUAUAGAUAAGAUCGAAUACUAAAGAUUAAUAAUCCCAUCUAAUCCAGAUUAAUUGCAGCAGGCAGCCAACUUGUAAUAAAUAUUUUAAAAUCUACAACAAAGCUAUGCAAGGGUAAAACAGUAAAUCAGCUAAUAUCCACUAGCCCCAAUUGUCAUUCUACGAAACACGCGUGGGUCAUUUUGCAUAUAAAAGAGAGAGUAUUGCAGCUUCAAAGCAAACCACAUUCAACAUUUGAGAGAUAUUAUACUUCAAACCCCAAAACUUUUAAAAAAUUCUAAUUCACACCCUUAUUUAAAAACCUGAGUAAAAUGUGUGGAGGAGCAGUAAUUUCCGAUUACAUAGCGCCGGGAGCUGGCAAGCCUUCCUGGAUACGCGACGACGUGGUUGACCUGACACUCGACGACUUGGAGGGAGAUUCUCAGUGUUAUCCAUGGCUAGGUAUGAAAAGAGAAGAUGGGAGGAGGAAGAAGAAGACGAAUAAGAGUAGUAGUAGCGAGUACAGAGGAAUCAGGAGACGGCCAUGGGGAAGAUGGGCGGCUGAGAUUCGCGACCCGAUCAAAGGAGUUCGAGUUUGGCUAGGGACGUUCAACACUGCACAAGAUGCUGCGAGAGCUUAUGACUUUGAAGCUAAGAGGCUCCGUGGAGUUAAAGCUAAACUCAACUUCCCUAACGAGUCUCCUGCGUCAUCAUCUAGAAAGCGUAAAGCCUCUUCACCACCACCAACACAGCGGCCACAGGUUCGGAAGAUAGAAGAGAAGCGUGAGGAUGUUGAUGUUCUUGGUGGUGGAUGUUUUGAUUUCUUGUGGGAGGAGAAUAAUAACGCGGACGCGAGUCAGGUCGAUACGCAAUGGCUUGAAGAUGUUAUUAUCAUGGGCGAUGAUGCGGAGAAGAGACAGAAAGGUUAUUAUGAUUGUGAAGGGAACGUUGAUGAGCUUCUGGCUUUUGAGAACGAGACGGAGUGUUUCUUACAGACGCCGUUUAUGGAGGGGGGAAACUGUGGUUUCUCGACGUCUCUGACUAGUCUCUUAGAUGAAGUCAAUGUCAUGGAUCUUUGGUUUUGAACAGUUUUUUUUUAUUGUAUAAACGACACGAGUUGUAAAAAAAAAAACGACACGAGUGUUUGGUGUUCUGUUUUGUACAAAUGAGUUCUUGGUCUGUUUGUAUGUGCCUAGUUAGUGUCUUGACUCUUGAAUUUGUUUUGUUCUUGUCUCUUGUAAAUACUAAAAGAAAUGCUUUGUUUCCCGGCUUUUCAACAUCGACUAGCGGACUAUAGCCAUUGCAUUACACAAGAUCUAAACUUGUAAAAACUGAAGUAUGUUUGGCAACACAAUGGGCCACAACAUCACCUUGUAGCACGAGCUCAAACCCAUUUAACUUUGUCCCAAACCGUUCCUUAGGACUCAACUCAGUACCAUAAAUCUCUCCAUCUUUUUUGUCCAUGACCCAUCAACAUUGCAUUUCAACCAAUCACAUGAUCCUUGGUGCACUAAGCUUGGUAUCAAACAAAAUGAGAAAUGAGAAGGCCAUUGUCCUACUCAAUUUCUCAUUUUGUUUCUUGUACAUAAAACUUAUAAAACUGUACGCCUUUAUAGAUCAGCUCAUUCCUCGUUUUCCCUUAGCCGCCAAAGCAUAUCCAAGGAAAAAGCUUCAAACUGUCUUCCACUGUGAUCCUGAAUACUACUAGCAAAAAAACAGCCUGUAAACUCUCUAUCUACCAUUUGGACAACAUGGAACUAGUGAUAACGCCCGAACUAGUCUCGAGAAUGGACACUGAAACAGCAAAGUGGCUUCACUGUUUCUAUGGCUGAGCAGCAUCUUUUACAUAAGGACUCUUUGGAGCUAUCUGUUGUGUCUAUGUCUAUGAAUCAGAAAGUUCUUGCCUUUCAUGGUUGAUGGAACAAUGACUGCAUACUCGUUCACCAACAUUGAGGGUUUGAUAGGAUGUUAUUGGCUAACCAAUACCCUGACUAUUGAAGUAUAUAAGAAACUAGAUUUGUUUUCAUUAUUGUGGGAUAUGUUGGGUAAAGAACAGCUGCAAAUAACCAAUCUAUAUUUGUGAUAAAGCGCAAAAGAUAAAUAGAGAUUCCAUUCAACAACAAAAAGAGGAGCAAAACAGAGUAAUCUAAGUGUCUUAUCUCAAGAGAAAAAAGAAAAACAGUGAACUCUUCGAUCCCAGCAGUAACAAAAAAAAAACAAGUCUAUAGCCAUUUAGCUAUUGUAAAAG